AACGCCGAUCAGUCCACAAAUUGUAGAGGUCUCGAACUGUGCUAUAGUCACUGAUCAGGACCAUGACUGACAAGGAGCAACUUAUAACUGCCGAUUCGCUGGAAUCUGCUCAUGUUAAGAAGAAGCUAGGGAUCACCAAGCUUAUUCCAAGGCUACCUUGGUUUGUGGCUGGUGGUUAUGUCGUGUUCUGGAUCAUGCUCUUCCUGGGCGUGGUAAUACCCCUCUUCUACCAUUUACCAGAGGGCAAGACCCUCGAGGAUGCCGGCCCAGGAAAUAAGGCUUUCAUCGCCGAACGGGCUCAGGAGGACCUCAGAGUAUUUGCCUCAAUUGGCACUAAGGUGCUAAGCAGUGAUAACAAUGAAAUCAAAACCCAUAAUUUUAUUCUAAACCGAUUGGAAACUAUUUUGGGAAACGUGAAUGACGAAAUUGUCACCAUGGAGAUAAGCGCCCAAACUGUCAGCGGUACGUUUAUUCGCAACACCCAGCUACAUUUGUACGAGAACGUUCAGAAUAUCGUGGUGAAGGUAACUCCCACGGGAAACACAAACGACAAGUGGAUUCUAUUCAACACCCACUCGGAUUCAAAACCCACAAGUCCUUCGGCUGGCGAUGCCGGAUUCAUGGUCGUGAUCGGAAUGGAGGUAUUGCGAUUAAUUACAACCCAAGAUUUCAAACUAAAGACCACAAUUGUCUUUGUGUUCAACGGAGCCGAGGAGAAUACGCUGCUGGGAUCUCAUGGCUUUAUCACCCAACACCCGUGGGCGGAAAAUUGCACGGUCCUUGUAAAUAUGGAUGCUGCCGGUAGUGGUAGUAAAGAAAUUCUUUUUCAAUCAAAAGAUCCAAGGCUUGCUAAGUUGUACAAGAAAUACGUCCGCCAUCCGUUCGCCACUGCCAUCGCCGAGGAAAUUUACAAGUCAGGCAUAGUGCCCUCAGAUACGGAUUGGUCCAUUUACACCACCGUCAAAAACACUCUAGUUGGUUAUGAUAUUGGACAGUGCAUUAAUGGCUUUGUAUACCACACAAAGUACGAUCGAUAUGACAUUAUUCCCCUGGGUUCUAUUCAAAAUACUGGUGACAAUGCGUUGUCUUUAAUUGUUGGUCUGGCCACUGAGGAUUGGACGGAAACUACUGAGACUGGAACCGCUGUAUUCUUUGACUUCUUGGGUCUGUUCAUGAUCUCCUACACGAACACCGUGGCCGUAAAACUUAACUACGCUGUGGCUGCUGUGACCAUUGUUCUGGUGUAUCUAUCCCUGCUGCGGAUUGCAUCAGUGGCCAAAGUCACCUCCGAACACGUGAUCACUUGGUUCGUCCUGAUCCUUGUGGUGCAGGUGAUUGCCUUCGUCCUUGGCGUGGGUCUUCCCAUAGUUGUGGCUUACGUUUUCGACAAGUACGGACUCACUCUCUCGUACUACAGCACUCCGAUCCUAUCCCUGGGUCUCUAUGUCUGCCCCUCCCUUGUGGGAUUGGCCUUGCCCAGCUGCAUUUACCUCAAGCUGCAAAAGAAUGAGAACCUCACUUACGUCCAACAACUCCAAAUGGCUCUCCAUGGUCACGCCGUUGUCCUGUCACUCCUGUGUGUAGCCCUCAACUAUUAUGGACUCCGAACCACCUAUGUCUUCACCUGGACACUGAUCUUCUACGCCAUUCCCUUGGCCCUCAACCUGCUGAGCACUUUGCAUGAUCGCGGCUGGUCGUGGACCUUUGUCCUGAAGGUCUUCCAAGUGAUUCCUUUCAUGUACAACAGCUACAUCUUCUAUGUUUUGAUUGUUAUCCUCACACCAAUGAUGGGACGCUUUGGACAGAACACCAACCCCGAUCUUUUUAUUUCGGCCUUGGCUGCUCUGGGUACUGUUCUAUCCAUGGGUUUCUUGAUUCUUCUUAUCAAUAUGUCUCGUCGCUCUGGUAUUAUUUUGGUGGCUUUGGUGGCCGUCAGUGCUGCUACUAUUUACGUGGCCAGUUCCACGGAGAUUGGCUUCCCCUACCGACCCAAGACUAAUGUGCAACGUCUUGCUUCUUUGCAAGUGAACCGUGUGCUCUACGAGUUCGAUGGCACAGUCAGCAGGAACGAGUCCGGAUACCUGAUCAGCUUGCAGGAUCGCCGUGGCAGUAGUCCUCUCACAGAAGCCGGCGUGGAUCUCAGCAAUAUGAGAAGUUUGACCGCCGACUGCAACGCAUGGCCCGUCUGCGCACAGCCGAUUCCUGAUUGGCGCUACUUGAAAGCGUACCAGAACCUGACUUGGAUCGAACGAAAAACCCCGAUACAAACCCCGAUUCCCACUCCUCCGCUGACGCUUUUAAACCGAACCAUUUUGGAUGAUGGCAAAACCCUGCAGCUAGUGAUGAGAUGCAACUUUACCGAUCAUUCCACUCUGGUCAUUCAGCCCCUGACAGAUGUGACCAUUACCAAGUGGUCACUGUUGGACAGCUUCAGGGCCGUCACUCCGCCGUACAUCGUUUUCUACUCAUACGGAUUAAAGAAAGAAUUCAUUGACAUCAUAAUUGAGUUAACGAAACCUGAUUACGAUUUCGAGAUGCCCUCGACAAUUGUAGGAAUUGGACGGCAGUUCAUGAAUGCUACCGGAGAUGCAGAGGCGCAAGCAUUUUACGAUUCGAUGCCCAGUUUCACGGCAGUUGUCCAAUGGCUGGCGGAUUAUCACCAAUAUAUUUUCUAAUUUUUCUUCCCUACAUUUCGACGGUAAAUUCUAAUACCAAAAAUAAACCACUUUUAAAAUUUAAA